GAAGUCCUCUCCAGCAGCAUAAAUCCAGCUCCCUCCUCCUCCUCCUCCUCACACACACACACACACUCACUGCUCCUGCCGCUUCGUCUCUCCGCGCCUUCACCAGGUCCACACCAGCUCACAGUAUGUCCACCAAGGUUGCCGUGGUAACGGGCAGUAAUAAGGGCAUUGGUCUGGCCAUUGUCCGAGCGCUCUGCAAGGAGUUCCAAGGAGAUGUUUACAUCACUGCCAGAGACGUGGGCCGCGGUCAGGAAGCAGUGAAGUCUCUGAACUCAGAGGAACUGAAGCCCAUGUUUCAUCAGCUGGACAUCAACGACCUGAACAGCAUCACCACCGCUGCAGCUUUCUUUAAAGACAAGUACGGAGGUGUGGAUGUCCUCGUCAAUAAUGCUGGGAUAGCGUUCAAAGUGGCAGACACGGCUCCGUUUGACGUCCAGGCGGAGGUGACCCUCAAGACAAACGUCUUCGCCACCAGAGACAUGUUGACUCACUUCAUGCCCAUCAUCAAAGCAGGAGGCCGCGUGGUGAACGUCUCCAGCUUCGUCGGCUCCCGCACUUUAAACCAGUGCAGCGCAGCACUGCAGCAGCGUCUCCGCAGCGACGACAUCACAGAGGAGGAGCUGAUGGGUCUCAUGCAGCAGUUUGUGGACCUGACCAAGAAGAACGAGCACAAACAGGGUGGCUGGCCGGAGGCGGCUUACGGCGUGUCCAAGACAGGCCUGACGACCCUGUCCAUGAUCCUGGCUCGUCGUCUGUCCAGGGAGAGACCAAAUGACGGGAUCUUGCUGAAUGCCUGCUGUCCAGGAUGGGUGCGCACUGACAUGGCCGGUUCCAAAGCCUCCAAGUCUCCAGACGAGGGCGCCAUGACUCCAGUUUACCUGGCGCUGCUGCCGCCUGGAGCCACGGAACCUCAUGGGAAGUUUGUGUCAGAAAAAGAGGUUCAGCCCUGGUAGAACAGAUAAAAGUACAACUUUCCACACAUUUGGCUUCCAUGCAAUAAAUAUGUAAAGCAUUAAAAAAUGUCACAACCAUCA